UUUAGUUCGUGUGAGUUUGUUUCAAGUUUUUGUCUUGGUCCUCACUUUAGCUCUUCACCUUUUCCUUGUUUUCCGAGAUAUAUAAUUGUUACAACUUCGAUAUCAAAUUUUGUUAGAGCAGCUGGAAACCUGGUAAGCCCCGAUGGCGUGCCGGAAAUUGCUGAUUGUUUGUGUCCAUCUCAGCGUUUUGGCUUCUGUCAUGGCCGGAUCCAGUGCUCCAGCAAUUUUCAUCUUUGGGGAUUCCAUUUUUGACGCUGGUAACAAUCACUACAACCUGAAUUGCACCGCCCAGGCUGAUUUUCCCCCUUAUGGAUCCGACUAUUUCCACCGCCCCACUGGAAGAUUCACGAAUGGCAGAACUGUCCCCGACUUCAUCUCUCAAUUUAUUGGAAUCCCUCUGCAAAAGCCAUUCCUGGAGGUACAGCUUGAGAUUGUGAACGGAACUCGAAAGAAUUAUCCAUCCAAUGGCAUCAACUUCGCGAGUGCUGGCAGCGGAGUUCUACUAGCAACAAAUAAUGAAUCGGGAGUGACACCAAUCCAGGUUCAGCUGCAACAAUUCCAGACCCUAGUCGAACAAAAUCGAAUAGACAGAAAAAUUCUGAAAGAAUCCCUUUUCUUCCUGGAAUCAGGUUCAAAUGACAUCUUCAACUACUUCUUCCCGUUGGACACUCCAACAGUGACCCCAGAUGCUUAUGUACGAUCAAUGCUGACAGAAGUUAGGAAUGUUGUCGACACAAUUUACAAGCUCGGAGCCCGUAGGAUUGCAUUGUUUGCAUUAGGCCCUGUGGGCUGUGUUCCGGCCAGAGUACUUUUGCCUGGUUCACCUGUUACUAGGUGCUAUGGGAAAAUGAACAAAAUGGUCAAGAAUUACAACCUGGGGCUGGAGGACCUUGUUAAAUCUUUGCCUGUCAGGUAUCCUGGUGCAGUUGGGGUUUAUGGAGCUGUUUAUAAAACUGUCCAGACUUUUCGAGCCAAUCCUAAACGCUAUGGAUUUGCCGAUGUAGAGAGUGGAUGCUGUGGGUAUGGAACUCUGGGAGGAGAGCUACAAUGUGGGAAGGAAGGCUACACAAUAUGCAAGAAUCCGAACGAGUACUUGUUCUGGGACUUUUUCCACCCAUCAGAACGCACCUACAAGCUCAUCUCUAAGGCCUUGUGGGCUGGAGGCCGAGCUCGUAUCCAACCCUUCAAUCUGAAGAAACUGGCCAACAUGACUCUCCCCCAUGCAUGACCUCAUAUAUCGAAUCCAUCUUUUCAGUUUGUGCAACAGCAAGUUUUAUGAAUUUUUGACAAAAACAAUUAAGAUCUCUAGUUUUUGAAUCGGCCUAGUUUCAAAUGUGGCACAUAAUUGAAAUAUAGUAUGUAUGAAAAAUUGAGUGAAUGUAAUCAAUUUCAUUCCUUAAAGUGCAGAAUUUAUACAU